AACAGCCACAAGUCAUCGACAAACAAAACCAAGAUGGUAAAGAAGAAGACCAAGUCCAAGCGCCUAUCUCUGCACAAGAAGUACAAAAUCCUGCGCAAGGUGCGCGAGCACAAGCGCAAGGAGCGCAAGAGCGACCGCCAGGGUGCCGGGAAGAAGAAGAAGACGCCUGGCAUCCCGAACAACUGGCCGUUCAAGGAGGAGCUGCUGCUCCAGGAAGAGCAAGCCCGCCUUGCCGAACUCGACCGUCUCGAGAAACUCAAGACCCAGCGCAAGGCCGAAAAAGCCGAGAAGAAGAAGGCCGACAAGCUCGUCAUUGACGGGCUCGCCCAAGUACCCACCCUCACGCCGUUGUCCGUCAAGCAGCAUGCUCAGGCCGACCUCAAGGCGGCCGUGACCAAGGCGGACCUGGUCGUGAUCGUGCUGGACGCCCGGGACCCCCAAGGGUGCCGUUCCCUCAGUUUGGAAGACGGGCUAAUCGGCCACGGCAAGAAGGACAUUUUGCUCGUGUUGAACAAAGUCGACUUGAUUUCUCGCGACGUGGCGGAAAAGUGGGUCACGUAUCUCCGCCGCUUCCACCCGACCGUGGCCGUGCGUGCCGCCGACAAGACCAUCAAGGACGUGACGCGCAAGACCCAAUCCAACUCGUCGCUCAGCAGCGCCGCCCUCCACGCCCGCACCCAAGGCCUGUCCACUCUCCGGGACAACGGGUUCGUGGACGCCUUGUCGCAUGCGCUGGACGACUACGUCCGAGCCAAGAAGCCGGCGGCCAAAACCAACUUGAACGUUGCACUUGUGGGGUACCCGAACGUGGGCAAGAGCACGCUCUUUAACGCGUUAAAGCGCAAAGCCAUCGCCCAAAUCUCGUCCAAACCGCACACGACCAAGGUGUUGUCGGAAGCGCAAUACGGCGAACACAUCCACUUGAUUGACACGCCGGCACUGGAAACGUCGUUCUGCGACCCGGCCAACGUCCUCGUCAAGUUUGGCUUGGCUCAAGAGUACACGAUGGACCCUGUGGAGGCCCUCGAGUCAGUGCUCAGCCGCGCGGACAUGUGGAACAUCAUGCAGGUCACGGCGGUCGGCACGUACAAGUCGACAGAAGACUUCUUGACCAAGUACGCCGUCAAGAAGCAGUUGACGCGCAAGGGUGGUGAUGCCGACGUGCUGCUGGCGGCGCGGUCCGUGAUCCAGGCCUUGUCGCAUGGCGGAUUGCCGACCAUGACUCUGGCGCCGCCGCAGUCCAAGAGUCGGUUCGACCUGCCCAAGUGGUUUGACGCCGAGCCAUUGACUGCGCUCGAGCAGAAAUUGUAUGCGACCAACCCAUUGGCUAAAAACUCGUCAUAUUUGACGCUCAAGUGCCAAGGCUCGAGCCACCGCACGGGGGAAACCACAGAGUACGAUGUGGUCAUGGGCACGCUUAAGUUUGAAGACGUGCAAGCUGUCGACGACGACGAAAGCGACGACGAAGAAAGCGAUGACGACGACGAAGAGGAGGAAGAGGACGAAGAAGAAGAAGAGGUCAUAGUGCCGGCGCCUACAAAGGGGGCCAAGAAAGCGGCACCUAAAGCGGCAAUCGUGAAAAAAGCGGCAGCGCCGGCUAAAAAGGAAGCCCCUGCCAAAGCGGUAGCAACGAAGGCGGCCACGCACAAACCGCCCAAGGAACCGACGGCGAACACACCAGACAAGAAGGCCGUUGUCAAGCCAACCGCACCAGUCAAGAAGGCGGCGGCUGCCAAGGUUGUUGCUGAGAAGAAGACGAAGGAAGAAGUUGUAGCCAGCACAAAGGCGGCCAAGAAGGACGCGACACCAACCAAGGAGCCCGCACCAAGCCGGAAACGUGGAGCCAUCGCCAUCGAAGAACCCACACGUCGAAACCCCAAGCGUGCCACGCGAACUCCCUCCAAAUAAAAAAAAGUACUUGCUAAUAAUCGACCACUUUAUUCUAAUCAAGUACUACUACACACGAUUCGUUGUCCA